AUCAUCUCCUUUUCACCCCGUGACCGCUCGCGCAAUCUGUCACCAGUGCCGAACGUCUAUCUGAUCCGCGACCACCGCUUGAACCCCCCGAGCUUUCUUUCCCCAAGUCUCUGGACCAUCCCCGAGCCAGCAGCCCUACCUUCCUUUGUCCAUUGACGACAUCUCCACGACACCUCCCCAACAUCUGAAACAAUGUCAGCACCGGCAGGAGGCCUUACCAGACGCCGAGGUGGAGGCGCCACGGCCGGCGAUGGCGAGACCAGCAACGGCGCCAGCCGGACCAACUCCACGAGCAACUUCAAUAAGGACAGCGCCCCCGAGACGAGCUACGAGAGCGGCGAGAAUGGUCACAAGAUUGCCUUUGACCCCCGCGACAUCAGCGAGAGCGCCGAGCGCAGCAAACAACCCAAGCUGACCUUGAUGGAGGAAGUUCUGCUGCUCGGUCUCAAGGACAAGCAGGGUUACCUAUCUUUCUGGAACGACAACAUCUCAUACGCCCUCCGCGGAUGCAUUGUCAUCGAGCUCGCUUUCCGAGGCCGCAUCAGCAUGCAGAAGGAUGCCUCGAGAAGGCGUUUCCCUCUCGCAGACCGCGUCAUCGAAGUCAUUGACGAGACCCUGACGGGCGAGGUGCUCCUCGACGAGGCGUUGAAGAUGAUGAAGCAGAGCGAGAAGAUGAGCGUCAGCUCUUGGAUCGACUUGAUGAGCGGAGAGACCUGGAACUUGAUGAAGAUCGGAUACCAAUUAAAACAGGUCCGUGAGCGCCUGGCCAAGGGCCUCGUCGACAAGGGCAUCCUUCGCACCGAGAAGCGCAACUUCCUGCUUUUCGACAUGGCUACCCACCCUGUCGCCGACGGAGGGGCCAAGGAGGAGAUCCGCCGCCGCGUCCGUAACGUUCUGACCCAGCGUACUGUCGUUCUUCCCGCUUCCCAGUUCUUGCCCGAAAACCUCGAGUUCCGCUACGUGCGCACCAUCGCCAUGGUUUGCGCCGCCUAUGCUGCCAACGUGCUUGAGAAUGCCCUCAGCACCCUCGGCCAUGAGGCCCGCGAACGUGCCUUUGCCCAGACGGAUGAGCUCCUCGCCGACUACAGCCAGUGGCCAUUCGGAAAGAAGGCCACCGGCAACGGUAUCGGCGCUAAUCUUCCCCAAGCCAUCGCAGAGGAAAUCAGCAACGGGAAGGACAAGGAGCUGCAACUCGAAGUUGUCGCCGCCUGUCUGAGUGUCUUCACCCGCCUAGACUCACUCUUGUAAACACACCGACCUUUGAUUCUGAUUACACGCCUCUUUGGCCUUCGAUGGAGGGUCUUGCUGCGGCGGCCUGAGCGAUUUCUGGGAACCCAUCCCCUCUUUUCCCCAUCCUCUUCAACAACCUAG